CCCCGCGAGGCCAGGCCAAUCCCGGGCGACCGGGCGGGCGAAUGCCGGGCCUGGCUGGCCAGGCCCGAGGACCUGGGGGUUGGGGACAAUGGGCCAGUUCCUGGUGCGUCACGGAGGAGUUCCUUAAAGGGGAAGUGAGCCGCUCUACGGGCCGGGCGCGGUGUGCGGUGGUCGGCGGGGGAGGCCCCCAGUGCUUUAAAAUAAUGCCCGCGGCGCCCGUGCGACCAUGCAAUGGCGAGCGCUCGUCCUGGGGCUGGUGCUCCUCCGGCUUGGCCUCCAUGGAGUAUUGUGGUUCGUCUUCGGGCUGGGGCCCAGUAUGGGCUUCUACCAGCGCUUUCCUCUCAGCUUCGGUUUCCAGCGUCUGAGGGCCCCCGAUGGCCCCGCUAUGCCCGCCUCGGGGCCCGCGGGCCGGGGCGGGCCACCCGGUGGGCCGUCGGGGCCGUCGUGGCUGCAGCCGCCGGUGAGCGGGGCGGCGGCUGGACAGCGCCGGGCUCCGCGGCGGCCGGGACCGGGCGUGUGCGGCCCGGCCCACUGGGGCUACGUGCUGGGCGGCCGGGGCCGCGGCCGGGACGAGUACGAGAAGCGCUACAGCCGGGCCUUCCCGCCGCAGCUGCGCGCCCAGAUGCGCGACCUGGCGCGGGGCAUGUUCGUCUUUGGCUAUGACAACUACAUGGCGCACGCCUUUCCCCAGGACGAGCUCAACCCCAUCCACUGCCGUGGCAGGGGACCGGACCGCGGGGACCCUUCAAAUCUGAACAUCAAUGAUGUACUAGGGAACUAUUCAUUGACUCUUGUUGAUGCAUUGGAUACACUUGCAGUAAUGGGAAAUUCUUCUGAGUUCCAGAAAGCAGUCAGGUUGGUGAUUGAGACAGUUUCAUUUGACAGAGAUUCCACGGUCCAAGUCUUUGAGGCCACAAUAAGGGUCCUGGGAAGCCUCCUUUCUGCCCACAGAAUAAUUACUGACUCCAAGCAGCCCUUUGGUGACAUGGCUAUUAAGGAUUAUGAUAAUGAAUUGUUGCACAUGGCCCAUGACCUGGCUGUGCGGCUCCUCCCUGCUUUUGAAAACACCAAGACAGGGAUCCCUUAUCCUCGGGUGAAUCUAAAGACAGGAGUUCCUCCUGACAGCAACAAUGAGACGUGCACGGCGGGAGCUGGUUCCCUCCUGGUGGAAUUUGGGAUUCUGAGCCGGCUGCUGGGGGAUUCCACGUUUGAGUGGGUGGCUAGACGAGCAGUGAAAGCCCUUUGGAACCUCCGGAGCAACGAUACAGGAUUAUUAGGCAAUGUUGUCAACAUUCAGACGGGCCACUGGGUUGGAAAGCAGAGUGGCUUGGGUGCUGGGCUGGACUCCUUCUAUGAAUACCUCUUGAAAUCUUACAUUCUCUUUGGAGAAAAAGAAGACCUAGAAAUGUUUAAUGCUGCAUAUCAGAGCAUUCAGAACUACUUAAGAAGAGGGCGGGAAGCCUGCAACGAAGGAGAAGGAGACCCCCCCCUCUAUGUCAACGUGAACAUGUUCAGUGGGCAGCUGAUGAACACCUGGAUCGACUCUCUGCAGGCCUUCUUCCCUGGACUGCAGGUGCUGAUAGGAGACGUGGAAGACGCCAUCUGCCUCCACGCCUUUUACUAUGCCAUAUGGAAGCGCUACGGUGCCCUCCCUGAGCGGUAUAACUGGCAGCUGCAGGCCCCUGAUGUUCUCUUCUACCCGCUGAGGCCGGAGCUGGUGGAGUCCACGUACCUCCUCUACCAGGCAACCAAGAAUCCCUUCUACCUCCAUGUAGGAAUGGAUAUUCUGCAGAGUCUGGAAAAGUACACAAAAGUCAAAUGUGGGUAUGCCACACUGCAUCACGUCAUUGACAAGUCCACAGAGGACCGGAUGGAGAGCUUCUUUCUCAGUGAGACCUGUAAAUAUUUGUAUCUGCUGUUUGAUGAAGAGAAUCCAGUACACAAAUCUGGAACCAGAUACAUGUUUACAACGGAGGGGCACAUUGUGUCUGUGGACAAACAUCUUAGGGAAUCACCCUGGAAGGAAUUCUUCUCUGAGGAGGGAGAGCAGGACCAAGAGGGAAAGUCUGUGCACAGGCCUAAAUCUCACGAGUUAAAAGUCGUCAACUCCAGCUCCAAUUGCAAUCGUGUUCCUGAUGAGAGGAGAUACUCUCUGCCCUUAAAGAGUAUCUACAUGCGACAGAUAGAUCAGAUGGUUGGCUUGAUUUGAUCUCUUCUACUCUGUGUGGCCUCACCUCACCAUAAAGCAGACCUAAACGACUGAACCCAGACCAUACCAAAAUCCAGUCUGAGGUCGAAAGGGAUGGAUGUCUGGCCAUUGAUGAUGGUGUAGGAAAUUCUGUCCAACUUCUCACCCACAUCUGGUUAAUUCUUGAACUCUUCAGUGUUACUUUCCCAUUCAAUAAAAUGCCUGUUUUUCCCCUAAGGAUAUACUUUAAAUGAGGAGGUAUAUGGACAUUGGCUUCUAUGACAUGCUCAUGUUAUUAAGCACAAUAGACGGAGCACCUGUGGGUUGAUGUUCACAGCUUCAUACUUUAGAAUCUCGGGCUCUCUACUUUUCAGGCACCUGCUAUACUGCAGUAUUGCUGCUUUUUUGUUCUUUAUUAUUACUGUUUGUUUAUUUUUUUGAGAUGUGGGUGGGGGGCUCACUGUAUUACUGAGGCUGGUUUCUAACUCCUGGGUUCAAGUGAUCCUUCUGGUUCAGCCUCCUGAGAAGCUGGGACUAACAGGCUUAUGCCACCACAGUCGGCUAGCUAUUUCUUUGUUAGAGGAUUGAGAAUUAAAUUUCCUUCUAAAGGGGCCUAGGGUUUACUUGCUAUCCCUGCUUAAUUGCAUUGAAAGUGUCAUCCUUUCUUUUAUUGGAUAAUUGGGCUCACCCGCAGAUAUCCAGCCAUGAUUUUGGAUCACAUCAGACAAAAAAAUCUUCCAGUUAUUAAUUUAUCCCCCAAAUAAUCUUCACAGUGUUAAAAGUUAUUUGCUUAAUAUAAUGGUCUUACCAGAUCCUAACUGCUAUUCUCUUGUUAUGUCAUGGUAUAAGAGCUUAACUAACAGACCUUUUGGAUGGCAUUUUGCAUUUAUUUUUGAACAUGAACAUACCUGAUGAACACCUUUAGUUCUAGAGCCAGGUGCCUUUUAGGCAGAGAAAAAUACCUAAGAUUGAGCGUCCAUCUUUCUCUUAUUUCCUAACCAAGGAUUCGAUGAUAUUUGUGUUAGAAUUUUGUUUUGGUUUUGUUUCCUGCAUGUAGUGCCAAUUAGCUAAGUCAGGGAGAAAGAAAAGAUCAGAUUACUUUGUAGCAUCCUUGAGCCAUUUUUCUGUGUAAUGCAGGCUUUAGAGUAGUGCCUUACAUGGGUUUUGGUUUGGGCCACUGGAUGUCGAAGAUACUGCUGUGGUAUCAGCAGGCUUGUUUGGUGUUGCCACACGGUGGGCAUUUCAGAAGCAUUAUUCUCUAUUAACAGUGUCUCAUCUACUGAAUGGAAAACUUUAUUUCAGAAUACUAUAUAUUUUUAAAAUGUUUUCAUUGACUCAGUAAAAAUGUUAAAUACACUCACACAUGCAUACACACAUUCACCUGUUUUUUUCUGGGCAAAUGGAGUUGGGACUGUUGGUGACCCAUUUGGGAGAAUGUGAAUUUGGGGAAGGGAGCGAGCUCUCCAUGCUUCUGUUUUCUCUUUUGACGCCCUGCUCCUCUCCCUCUCUGGUUCCUGUGGCUGCAGGGGAUGUUGCACUUCAGUGUUCCUCUUCUCAUCUGGGCCCUUUGCCUGUCACUCAUGCGCAGGUUGGGCAUCUCUUCCUCUGUGGCCUUAGAGUAGGGAUCUGGGCCUGGCAGCACCAUCGUGUCCUGAGUGGUGCAGAUGCAUCUUGGGCUGUAGGCUGUCAUGAGACAUGUUUUGUAAGAGGUCUCGAUCCCUCUUGACUUCUGGGCACUGAGGCAAUUUCAGUUGGUGAGACUGAUGGGGACUGGAUUACUGCAUAUUAAUCCUGGUUAUUGAGCUUCCAGACCACCCUGUCUAAAGUUUGAUGCUAUGUAGUGAUUUGUGGGGCCGGAUGCCAGAAUGCUAUAUAGUGCCUGUCAUAAAAAGAAGGUUCUUUGAGCCAAGUUCAAGGCAGCUUACUUGUUUUGUUUUUGAAAAUCAAAAUGUCAACAACUGUGAUACAUCUUGCAGGGCUUUUGCCGUUCCUUCUAUUCUCUAUUCUAAAAUCCUGGGUCCUAAAGGUCUGAAGAGGGGAACACGAGAGAAAGUUCCUGUGCUUUGCUCCAGGAACGUUCAUCUUUUGCAACAGCUGUGAGCCUGGACCAUCUUCAUGGCCUCCUGAGUAGCUACUGUCUGCGCCCCAUUGUAGAAAGCUGCCUUGGUAGUGAGGCAGAUCAUUACAUGGCAGGCUUUGCUGUUUCAGGUGAUGCAGCUGAGUGAGCUGUUCUGGAAGAACAGGUGACAAAGGAAGGGUUUGCCAGUCCCCCGUUAUGAAGAUCCAGCUUGUGUUUUCAAACCUUUCUGCAAGUUUUUUUUUUCUUCUGCCAGAACUUUGUCUUUGUACCUGAAUCACCAGGUUCUGGUGAUAAUCUGGGCUUGUCUUGUCUUGGAUUGAGGACUGUUCACAUGACACUUAAAUAGUUGUCUGGUAUUUAAAGAAAAGUGUGCCAGGGCGGUGUCUGUGCAGGUGACUCUUGAGAGUCUGUAGUUCCCGGUUUGGUAAGUCCAGUUGUGUGAUCCGAGGGUUUGGACGCCCUCCCCUGCUGCUGCUUCCCUCACCAAAGGAAAAUACCCCUCUUAACUCUUUCUCAGCUCAGGGAGCUGCCCAGUGCAGUUCCCCACUUUGGAUUCUGGAGACUCAAAUUCAGACAUUCCCUUCUUUCUAGAGGGCUCCAGAGGUCUUUCUCUUUUAACAAAAACAAAAAUCUUUUGCUCAGAUUGAGUGCAGGUUGAAAGGUAGGUCUUAGCCACACGGUGGCUGAGCAGGGACUUUGGGAGAAAGUCUCGAGCUUCCCUUCUCCAUUUCCAGGCACCCAGCUCCUAUUGUAGUGCCUCUUCCCUGCUGGGCGGGGACCCUGUGAGGGUGGGAGGGGUCUGGGCCGGAGACCCAGGUUUCGCAGGGCUCAGGGUUAUGCUUCUGCUUGAACUUGGGUGUGAAUCUGGGGAAAACGUCAAGUUCCUGUGGACCUCUGAUUCCCUACCCCUUCUCUCUCUGUGAGAGGCAGAUGAAUAAUAUUUUUAAUGGUUAUUUUGUUUUAAUUUUAAACAGCAAAAUACAAGCUGCAUUUUUAUUUAUUAUGCACAAGAAAAGUAAAUCUGUUCUUACAAAAAACUAGAGUUGGAAACUCUGGGAAAACUUACUGAAAUACACAAAUGCUUCUCUGUAAUGUGCAAUAUGCUUUGCAACUAUAGAUAAUAUUUUCUGUUUAACCUGUAAAUAAGAAAUGUAUUUAAAUUAAAAGAGAGCUUUUUGUAAAAGGACCAAAUGUUCUUUUAUAAAUGUAAUAAGGAAUAUCUUGCUCUUUGAGAUUUAUUAGGAUUUUUAUGAGUAAUUUUUAUUAAAAUAUUUUUUUUGAAUUGUCA